UAUACCUACACUACCUAUCUAGGUAAUUGCCAUGUACCUAGGGACCUAGCAUGUAUUACCAGGAGAUGAUUACUAGGAAUGCUGGUUGAUGGAACAGCCGCCUAGGCGAUCAACAGCACGCGACAGCUACCAUCCUGGCAAUCUUAGGAUACCUGAAAGCCUACUUAGCUACGUACCUUUUGAUAGGCAAGGCAGCCAGGCAAUUAAAUAGAAAGAGUCCUGCCCUUCUACAUGCUUGUGAAUUCCAGUCCUCACCCAGUCACACCCCUUUUUCGCAGGCUUACCUUGGAACCGUAUAUCCAAUUCCAAACCAGCUUGUCAAUCAUCUUUCGGAUUUCCAAUCUACCUAUUCGGUAGUAAGCAAGAUGGGCUUCAAGGGAUUCUUCAAGAAGCGGUCUCUCAGGGCCAAAGACGACCAGCGCACCAGAGCAGCCGAACUCACCCUGCGAGAGUCGCUGUACCCGAUAUGUCUCGUCACAGUUCUGUUCUUCCUCUGGGGAUUUAGUUAUGGUCUGCUUGACACUCUGAACAAGCAUUUCCAGAACACCCUCAACAUCACCAAGUCGCGAUCGUCUGGUCUCCAAGCUGCCUACUUCGGUGCCUAUCCUCUAGCUGCUCUCGGCCACGCGAACUGGAUCUUGCGCCACUAUGGUUACCGAGCUACCUUCAUCUGGGGUCUCUGCCUCUAUGGUAUCGGUGCGCUUGUUGCGAUUCCCUGUAUCUUGGUGAAGUCGUUCGCCGGAUUCUGCAUGGCCAUCUUCAUCAUCGGCAACGGUCUUGGUUCCCUAGAAACUGCGGCUAACCCAUACAUCACUGUCUGCGGUCCUCCCCGCUACGCCGAAAUCCGCAUCAACAUCUCGCAAGCCUUCAACGGCAUCGGCACCGUCGUCGCGCCCGUUCUCGGCUCGUACGUGUUCUUCAAGUUCGACGACGCGACGGCGCUGCAGAACGUGCAGUGGGUGUACUUGGCGAUCGCCGUCUUCGUCUUCAUCCUCGCCUUCGUCUUCUUCAUGUCCGUCAUCCCCGAGAUCACCGACGCCGACAUGGCCUUCCAGGCCAACGAGACCCACGCCAACGCCGACGACAAGCCCUUCUGGAAGCAGUACCGCCUCUUCCACGCCGCCUUCGCCCAGUUCUGCUACACCGGCGCCCAGAUCGCCAUCGCCAGCUACUUCAUCAACUACGUGCGCGACGUCCAGCCCCUCGCCGACGACGCCCUCGCCUCCCAGCUCCUCGCCGGCGCCCAGGGCGGUUUCGCCGCGGGCCGGUUCUUCGGCGUGUUCGUGAUGAAGUACGUGCGCCCGCGCUGGGUGUUCCUCGGCUUCCUGGUCAGCUGUAUCGUGUUCGUCGCGCCGUCGAUCACGCAGAACGGGUGGACCGGUAUCUCGAUGCUGUACGUGACGCUGUUCUUCGAGUCCAUCUGCUUCCCGACCAUCAUCGCGCUCGGCAUGCGCGGGCUGGGCCGCCACACCAAGCGCGGCUCCGGCUGGCUCGUCGCCGGUGUCAUGGGCGGCGCCUGUGUCCCGCCCUUGACCGGCGUCGCGGCCGACGCGCGCAGCAGCACCGCGUUCGCCAUGAUCGUGCCCCUGAUCUUCUUCGUCGCGUCGCUGUCCUACGCGCUCGCGGUCAACUUCGUCCCCGCGUACCGCGACCCCGCUGAUGCGUUCUCGACCACGGAGAUUGGCUUAAACCAUCAUGCUGCGGAUGAGGAGAGCGCGGAUGUUGUCAUCAAGGAGGAGAAGGCUAGCAAGGCGGAGAUUGAGAGCUAGACUGCCUAUCUAAAUUCAGGAUCUGCAUUGCAUGUGUAGCUGUAGUAGUAGGAGUUUUAGACUGGAGCAAAGUCUCGGUGGAUAAAAGGGAUACCCAGGGAUUAUGACUCUCUAUCAAGAAAGAAACAUUUCAACUUUUGAUUCAACUUGUGCUAUAUUGCGUGUGCUAGUGUGUAUGUGUGUUCCUUCGUCGUAGGUGAGUGAUUUUGCUA